AUGAUAGCUGCGAUUAAGUAUCUCUGGAACCAUCCUAUGGGCCUUAAAACAACUCAUUUUUGGGGCCCAGCAUUUAAUUGGGGCUUUGUAAUUGCUGGGAUACUUGAUAUAGAUACACAAAUAAAAUUGCAACGACAUCGGCAAGUCCUCUCUCAGACCUAUUUCGAGUUUGGGAACCUUGCUGCUGCCUGAAACCAAACUGAGCAGGAAAUGAGUCUGCAGGUACUAGAAUUUGCGCUCUGAUUGGGGUUGCCUCCCUCAUCCGGCAAUGAAGACUUUGCGUCUUCCCGAUGGGUAUUUGGGAGAAAAGGCUUUUUACCCCCUAGAGACCACUGAUGCCGACGACGAAGGCAUAGUUGGUACCGAUACUAGCUUGAGAGCUUAUCCCUAGCUGAAACUCUAGUCACUUAAGUAGCAGGCCAAGUCUCAAACCUGCAUAUUCCGAGGUUCGGAGACAGCACUAAGAAUUGGCUGAAAGCCAAAGGAGAGCUAUCUCUGGUGAAAGUGCUGGCAUGCCCAGGGUUAUUCGCUAGCAGCUGAACGAGUCUUCUAUUAAGACUCAUGCCGGAUGAGAUGUCAAAGAGGAAGAGCCAUAAUCUAUAAUUAAUGGUAAAGCGAAUGUCCUUGAUAUGAAUAAGCCGCCUGAAAAAAUAUCGAGAAAUAUGACUCUUGCUUUAGUGAUUUAUUCUAGUCUGUUUGCGCGUUUUGCUUGAAUGAUCACUCCGAGGAAUUAUUUUCUCUUGACAUGCCAUUUGACAAACAUUACCGUUCAACUGAAUUUACUACGGCAAAAAUACCGAUAUGUUCCCAAGGUAUCUUUAUAA